AUGUCCCUAAAUCCCAAUGCAAUGCCUUGGAAUAUGCCGGAAUCCGGCAUCGAUCCAGUCAUGGAUACAAACACAAGGAUGGGACAGCAGGACCCUCGCUUCCAUGGAUAUCCAUCGUAUUAUCCCAAUCAUCAUGCACACCAAAUGCCACCGGUGAUGAUACCCCACCAGAUGCCGCGGCACAUGAUGGGACAUGGAUUUUCCAACCCGAACCACAUGCCACCCAUGCCUCAGAAUGAACCAGUGCAAUCGUACAACCAUCCAAGAGCACGAUCACAACAAUAUAACGCAGGGAUCAUGAAUCCAAUGCAUUCCGUUUCAACCCCUUCUUAUAAAAAGCUAAGACCUGUUAUUGUUGUAUUUGGUUACCGACGUGUAGGAAAAACAACGGUGGCAAAACGAAUAUCAGAAGCUCGCAACUACAAAUAUAUUUCAUUGAAACCCAAAGAGGAGGGCGCUGUUGUUUCCCCUACGGAUUACGUUGCCCCUCUGGUAGAACUUCUCUCCCGCAAGAAUUCGUUUGAGGGGAUUGUUAUUGAUGAUAUUGUGGUAAGAAACAAAUAUGAGCCUUAUUAUGUCCACUCUCUUCUGCAGAAACACAAUCUAAAGUUUGAUGUUAUUGUUGUUCUUGACAAUGACUUGGAUAACACAAAGGAGAGGGGCGUUGACUACGACGAUUCACUACAACGGCAGCUUCACCCCGAGAGCUAUGAGUUUUGUGCGAGCUAUCUUCAAGGUGAGCCGACCCUUGUGGUGGAGUGCCGAGAAAAAACGUUGGAUGAAGUAGUGACCGACGCUCUGCGACAAUUGGGAGAAGUAAAUUUCACAAAAGACUCCAACAUCUCACUUAAGGGAGUGGAACUGAUGCCCAGUUGCCCCUUGGAACGAAACGCCGCUCUGGUAACAGCCAUUCUGGAUGCGCAAACGCAGCAGUUGAAGUUGAGCGAAGGAUCGCUAUUUCCGUUCUCGGAACCAAAUUAUUUGUUAGAGUAUGCAAUUUUCGCCCGUUAUGCGUAUGCCUUUCGCAGCUACAUGAUCACUCCCUGGAUUCAAGGGGAUAAAGUCUCUUUGAUUGGGUACCAAGGUGCUGUGUACGUGCACCUUCCAAGCUACAACAUUGUCUUCUACUUUAUAGAUGCGCCAUCGACUUUAACGCAGUUGGCCAAAGGAAACGUGGAAAACAAUGAGGUUGGGUUUAUUUUUGAGGCCACGUUUGCCGGUGAUAAAUUGUACAUAUCUGACCUUCUCAUGAUGGGUGAAAUGAAGGCGUCAGAAAUGCUUGUUAAUGAGCGAGUGGAACUCUUAAAGAAAAAACUAAAAGACAUGAAUAGCAGCACGGUGGAGUUGCUUCCCUGGUAUCCUGUGCAAUCGAUAGAGGCGUGCGAGUCGGAAAAUCCACAGGCAGCUGGUGUCCUCUUUGUCAACCCGGAUGGUGUCAUGUUUGGCGGGUAUGACAGCCGAAACUUUCUGUACCCUCUGCAGCGGAAAAAAUCUGUUGAACUUCGUGUUUGGAAUGGCAACUUUGUCGGUGACUCAUGGACAUUUGACGCUUUCUGCGAGGAAAUGGGAAAUGAGAAUAUUGUGGAGGGUAUCCCUGUCCAUGUUCCCGACACGGAGGUCACUCAACAUUGCAUCAACGACGGAAACAUCUUGGAGUGUAUUCGCCAAGACUACCACGCGGGGCCCAAUAAAGGACGACGGGGAGCCAAACGUUUUGUCUUCCAGGGACGGUGCCAAUGGAAGGUCCGGCCCACAACAAUGUUCAAGCAAGAAGUCUUUGUAAGUGAUCCCAAGUGGCCAUUUGAACGUAUGGCUCAGGCCUGCGCGUCUGUAAAGCACAUUCCGCCCACGCGGCCAGAAGGAAUUACAACCGCGGAUGGAUAG